GCAGAACAAUAUUUUUGUCAACAGUAUGAUUAAUACAAUUUAUUAUUUAAUUAUUAAUUAUUACACACUCCGAAAAAAAAUUAGAUAUCGCAACAUGUGGCAUUAUAUAAUUGGAAAACCUCAAACAUUAAAUAUCGGGGUAAUUUUUCUCAUUCAACUAUUUAACUAACUUUAUAAUUACGGACUUAAACACAAUUAAGGUGCAUUCUCAUCGCAUCCAAUCCGAAAGUCGGACCGUGUUUCUAAUGCGCUGAACAAGCGUCCUUAUUCAUACACGCUGAUCUGAUUUUCUAAUCGGUUCUGUAGGCUUUCCGACCCGAAAAUUCGGAUUUGGUGGGAAAGCACCUUAACGAAUUUAAAUAUGGAACUGAAUUUUUCAAUAUUCAACUCAUGACAGACAGUGCAUCGUUAACGCUCUAUAAUAAUAAACAAUGAUAGACAACAUAUUGAUUUUUAGUUUGUGUUCGUGAGGUCCAUUUGAGUACUUGAACAAUAAUAAAAAAAAUUUUUUGUAGCUUUGCAAAAGUUCACAGGGACUUUUACACUUCCUGGGGCAGAGUUCAAUACUGCCCUCAGCCAUGAAUCGUCUGACGAAUACCAACAGCUUUAUAUGGAGAUUACAGAGUCGUUUGAUAAGCUGUACUCCAGAAGCUCAGAAUCUGAAAACUACGUAAGAACCGAUGUCAUUGGAUUCAGUGAAGGAAGUGUAAUUGUUGAUUACCUGUUGUAUUUUCGCGCACCUUCGUCUGCCGCAUCAACUACAUCUGGUAGCGUAAAGACGAUUUUACAAAAUGCUGUCAAUGAAGCGCAGGAAGGAGAAGGUUCAUUAUUUGCUGAUGUAGAUGCCGGUAGCAUAGUAAUCGAAGAAGUGUUAGACAGACAUGAAAGUACGACUGUGUCUUUGAAUACUGUUAUGCCAUUGACACAAGAUGAAGGCCAGGAUGUACUCUCCACAGAAUCUACAAUAAUAACGCAACCAUCCUUUACUACAAGGGAGUUUGAUCUACACACAACAAUAUCUCUAGAACCAGACACUACAACACAGACCAUCAUGACUUCUACGCAACCAGAUCUUACACCAACAACUUUUACAGUGACAUGGAGACCAGUCCUAGAAUGCGGAACAAGAAUGAUGUAUAGAACGCAAAGAAUUAUCGGUGGUCAGGAGACACAACAGGGAAAGUGGCCUUGGUUAGUGUCAUUGCAGAAUCAGUAUGGACAUUUCUGUGGAGCCGUUAUUAUAGGGAAUAUUUGGAUAUUAACAGCUGCUCACUGCACUUAUGACAGGUCAGUUGGAGGAAUUAAUGUAUUCUUGAAUUCAACUAUUAUUGAUCAUGAUGAUGGCUACUAUGCCCAAAUCGACGAGAUAUACAUGCAUCCUGACUACAACGAUGAAACUUUGGACUAUGAUAUUGCGUUAUUAAGAUUGAGAAGAAGCCUGGUCUAUUCAGACACUGUUUCUCCUAUUUGUUUGGAAACUAAUGAAACUGAUAAUAUUAUUUAUGACGAGUGCUUUAUAGCUGGCUGGGGUAACACUGACUCUGAUGUGUUUGUAGAUAGCGGAAGUGACAUAUUGCUUGAAGCUAAUGUGCCUGUGAUUCCGAGAACUGUAUGUGACACAUACUAUAUAGGUGGUAUCACGGAACGGAUGAUAUGUGCUGGAUAUGAGGAAGGAGAAAUAGACAGCUGUUCUGGUGACAGUGGAGGACCACUGAUGUGUCCAUCGAAUGACGGCAGUUGGUACGUAUCUGGAGUUACAAGCUGGGGAAUAGGUUGCGCACAGGCUGAACGUCCCGGUGUAUAUGCAAACGUACCGUUAUUGACGUCAUGGGUUUUUUAUACAAUGCAAUACUGGUAUGAAAGCCAGGUCAACACUAGGCCUACAAAUUAUUGCACUGAAAUAACGGAACCAACUUGUUUAGAUGUUUUGCCGUACAGCAUGACGGUUGAUAACGGAGAAUAUAGUGAGUACGAGGAUACUAAUAUCACGCCUACUACUGACCAACUCGCUGCCCUGGCCUCAUGUCACCCCAACGCCCACCUGUUCUUAUGUAGUUACCUGUUCACAGGAUGCCCCGUGCAGACGGCACCGGUCCCAUGUCAACAGUUUUGCUACGAAGUUACAUCAGCUUGUGCUGAAGAGUUGAAAGAUAUUUAUGACGAUUUUUAUGCAAAAUGUGACCUUUACCCUUCAUCGAUAUCGGGGAGCGAUACAUUAUUAUGUGAUCCACCAAAAGAAUGAAUCAUAGAUGGCUAAAAUUCCAGUGAUAUUGUCCUCAAUCCAAAUGUUCUAUACUCUAUAAUUUGUAGUCUGUAUUUUUGAAUAAGCUUUCUUGUUUAGGUGCUGGUUUGGUUAUUAAAUAUUAUAUUUUUUUCUUUUGGAAUUUUCCAGCUACAUCUUUUGCACUCGUUAAAAAUAUAUUAACUAUUAACAUUGCUAAAUAAUCUCUCCAUGGAUACUCUUUCAAUAUGCUUGUGUUUCGUAAUUCUUAACAGAUCGUAUAGGAAAGUAACUAUUAAAUCAAAUAAUUUAUUACAUCCAUUUCUGCCAUCAUAGUUAUGGUGUAUGCCACGGUAGACUUAUAAGCUUCACGUAAUGUUAAUAAUAAGAAUUUAUGGCGACAAUUUAGAAAAAAAGAACCCAAUAUAGAUAAAGAGUACUAUUGUACUUGCUAAUGACAGAGCAAAGGGGAAACGAUUAAAAGACAGAGCAAAGGCGAAACGAUUAAUGACAGAGCAAAGGGGAAACGAUUUGCUUUGUCGUAAACGACUACAUCACGUUGAUUUCCAUUCAAUACCGUAAAUGUUAAGUGCCUCACGUUAUACCCUGCCUUAGGUAACAUUAGUUCUUUUUACUUGCCCAAGCAAAUUAAUUGUUUUAUCUUUAUCAAUCUAUACGUAUCCAACUAAUUCUAUCGAGUGCAAAAUGCACGAAAGUGCAAGAAAAAAAAGCGCAAUUCUUUAAAAUAUAUCUAUAAAUAUAAGAUGAAUAUUAACGAUAUCAAUAUUUAAUAUAAUUUUAACAUACUCAAUUCAA